CUUCUCUUGUUCCGUUGUUCUGAAUCAAACCAGCGAUCAUAUUCUAAAAAAGUGUCUAAGACGAGAGAAUCUGUGUGAUCUCGGAGAUGGCGACUUUUGAUGACGGAGAUUUCCCGGCUCAGACCCAUUCUCCGUCCGAACACGAUGAUUCAUUCAUGAGCUACGACAAUUUCUCCGAAGCCCCGCCACCUCCCACUCAACCUCCCUCAGGCGGCUUCUCCUCCUUCAACAACGGAGAUGGAGCUUAUGGAUCUGAGAAUCCUGCCUCCCCUAACGGCUACGGCUUUCCUGCUUCCUCCCCCAACCAUGACUUCUCCUCGCCUUUCGAGUCUUCCGUGAACGAUGCCAACGGCGGCACCGGCGACGCGAUCUUCGCCUCCGACGGACCCGUUCUUCCAGAUCCAAACGAGAUGCGCGAGGAGGGUUUCCAACGCCGUGAGUGGCGCCGUCAAAACGCCAUCCACCUUGAGGAGAAGGAAAAGAAAGAGAAGGAGAUGCGGAAUCAGAUCAUAGCUGAAGCAGAAGAAUACAAGAAGGCCUUCUAUGAGAAAAGGGAGAAGAACAUCGAGACCAACAAGGCUGAUAACCGCGAGAGGGAGAAGCUGUACUGGGCUAACCAAGAGAAGUUCCACAAAGAAGUUGACAAGCAUUACUGGAAAGCAAUUGCAGAGCUGAUCCCGCGUGAGGUUCCCAACAUUGAGAAGAAGAGAGGGAAAAAGGAUCCGGACAAGAAGCCAUCAGUGAUGGUUAUCCAGGGUCCUAAACCUGGGAAGCCGACUGAUCUAAGUAGAAUGAGGCAGAUAUUCUUGAAGCUCAAGACAAAUCCACCGCCCCACAUGAUGCCUCCUCCGCCGCCAGCCAAAGAUGGGAAGGAUGCCAACAAAGAAGGCAAAGAUGCAAAAGGUGGGAAAGACGCCAAGGAUAUAAAAGAUGGAAAACCUGCGGCGGAGACAAAGGCUGCAGAGGAGAAACCUGCUUCACCUGCGAAAGACGCAAGUGCUGAAACAGCGAAGCCUGAGGCUGCUGCUGCCGCGGGAGAGGGGGAGAAACCUGUGGCUGUGGCUGAGGCUGAGGCUGAGGCUGAGGGAGCCAAGGCGGAAUGAAGGAGAAGGGUGUGUUAGUAUUAUUGUCGGGGGAUAAAUUGGUAUUGAAGUCACGGUAGCUGCGGGCAUAAUAAGAAGAGGUAAGUAUUGUGCACACAUAGAAGCUUUCUAUUUGGAGGCACACCAUUUCCUCUUCUGGAGAGAGAAUAUUAGUCCUUUGUUUUUGGUUUUUGAUUUUUUUUUUUUUAUUAUCAUUUUUUUUUUAUUCUGCAAAAUUUGGGAAUAUUGUAUGGGAUGAUUGUUCACGUUAAAUCAUUUUGCUUCCACGUAUUUUUACGUUUAUAAGACUUUGG